AUGCGUCGUGACUCGCUCGACGUCCACAUGGACCUCUCGCCCAGCAACGAACCAAACGCCCUGGUCAUCGACGACGAUGAUGCAGAGCUUCGCAUGUUGACUGACACCUACGAUCUCUCCAUGCCACCAGAGCACGAUGAUGAGGACGACGAUGACCCCAUCCUCCACGAAGACAGGGUAUUCACCCCUCCACCACACAUUGCCGCCCGGUUCUAUCGCCCCUCGCACGCUCGUCGACGGGAAUCCGCUGCCUCCUCGCGACGGAACAGCUUCUCCUCCGCGCAUUCCAAAUGCUCUUCCAGUCUACCCACCGAAGGGGAUCAGAGCAAACACAUUGCGCAGCACUUGAGGCGCACGUCGUUCCUUGAAGAUCGUAAGGCACGCCUGGCCGACCGAGCCGCACACGCCGAAAAGGUGCGCUUGCGCGCUGCCACGGCAAAGGCCGCAUCCAAGGACACCAAGUCCUCGGAAGAGCGCGCCCUGGCAGCCCAGCAGGCGCGCGAGCGCAAUCUGGCAGAGAUCGUGGCCAACUGCGCCGAGGAGGUGAAGCGGGCGAAGCAGAUUGCUACACUCAUGAAGGAGAAGCGCGAAACAGACCAGGCCAAAAUGAAGGCGCAAAUGGAGGAAAGGCUCGCAGAGGCGGACCGAAGACGGGAAGAGCUGAGGAGGCAGAAUGCAAGGAACCGCGGGAGAGGCCAAAGCAUCCUUGUGAGGAAGUCGAGCCCUGCGAAGCCGCGGCGUCGGAUGAGCUCCGAAGAGGCCGCCGCAAAGAUUACGAGUUGGUGGAGGUGUUGCAUCCGUCGCAGGGCGAUGCUCGAUUUCAACUCGCUGGGCCUCUCUGUGGAUGGCAUCAGAAGCACGUCCUUCGACACAGUCACGGAGUUGCUGGCUGAGGAGAAGGUGCUCACCACGACAGCAAGGCUACUGCGCACCUGCGGACUGCAAGAAGCGGAUCCUGGAUCAGUGGGCGAAAUGGCUGCUGUUCGUACGUUCCUGAGCGCCUUCUUGAUCUUGGGGCACCCCAACCAAGUCCUGGCCACCAAGACAGAUGGGGACAACGAAGGCGACAUGUCCUCUCAUCGACUACCUAGUGCCGAUCUAGAGAACCCUCAGCUACAGGACCUCGUCAGCAAGGCCAAGGACCUGUUGAUUGUGUUCGAGAAUAUCCUUAUGCGGUUGACCUUGACCAACCGAUAUACCGUGCCGCCAGCUCUGGUCAGCAAGCUGCCGGAAGCAUAUGCCGUCUUUCACAACGCCUUCAUCGCUUGGAAGUCACGGGACUCGAAUGCCCUGAUUGAAGUCAUGUUGAUGCAAUUCGUCGAACUUGACGCCAUCUUCCAGACAGUCAAGGACACGACGGACGACGCGGCCUCGCAGCUGUACCAGCAAAGCAUCCGCGACAGUCAGCUCAUGCUCAUCGUGCGCAUCAAGAAGCUCGCUGGUCAAGAGGCGGGCAAGAAGAUGAUCUUCGACGCUGUCGCCGAAGCAAGAAAGGCAAGGAGAGCCAAGAAGAAGACGGGGGAUACGAAACCCCGUGUGGCAGAGCCAACGCCAAGCGAGAGCGACGUCUCUCAGCGGCCGCUCACCCCUCCAGCCACCCCGUCGAACAAGCAGGCACAAACUCAAACAAAGGCCAUUGCCAUCAAGUCGCCAGGUGGUCUUGGCGGUCUGCUUCCUGACAAUCGCGGCAUUGUUCACGAACUGGCUAUCAACAAGGAAUACCAGAUUCCCAUCAGCGAAUACAAAGCGCAAGUAUCUGAUGCUUCACGCACCAUGUUUGAGCAGAUGCGUGGCAGCAUGCAGAGCGAUGCGCCAAUCGACAACGCCGUCAAUUUCCAUUUCUUCAUGCUCAUGGCUAGCGAGAUCAAAGACAAGCUGCAGCGUAUGCUCAAGCCCGGCAACAGCAUGUACAACCUGAUCCAGGAGAUGUUUGAUCCCGAGCUCGCGCAGAAACAGUUUGAGCGCGGAAGCUUCUCGUAUGAAAAGUUCUUCUCUGCCAUGGCAGGGCUACUGCCCAAGCUCUGCGCGCCGUUCCGAGAUGCCGAGGUUAAGGACCUGGUGGAUAACAAAUUAGGCGAUGGCAACUUGAUCGACAGGGUGGAGGCCUUGAGCGGCUUCAUUGAUAUCAUGCUGUGCGAUUACAUCAACUACAUGCUUCGAGUUGCUGCUCCUCAGUUGAUUGAGUCUGCACCACAGUACGAGGCGAAACGCUUCACGCAGGAGGUUGAGUCAGGGGAGAUUGACCUCAGCGCUGCGGAAGCGGCCUGGAGAGCAGCGAGGACCAAGGUUCUCGCUGAGGUCCAGAGGCGGGAUCCCGAGGGGAUCAAUCACCCCAAGUCUCGCCCAACAGGCACGCGCAUAUACGCGCAGAUCUUGGUGGACAUCUUCACGCAGCCACUGCCGCUGAAAGAAGAGACUGUCCCUGAGAUGCUGCGACUGGAUAGCAAGAGAGUGUCCGAAGUGUCCAAGACUGUGCAGCAUGUCAUCACUGUUGGCGCGGUGCUCUUGCAAUGCAAGAACCUUCUCAAGCGGGACGUCCGCUCGCCUUGGAAGGUGGAGGCCAGCAGGAUCAUGAGCGUCUUGGAGGCUAAUCACCCCAACACGGAAACGAUUGUCGACGGCACCAUGGCGGCCAUGGAGAGCCGAAGCAUGCCUGCUGCCACCAAGCAGCAUCUGCGCGCGCUCGUGACCAAGGUGAUCACCGCCAGUCAGGACAUGGCCAUCCGCGGUACGGAACCACGCGAGCCUGUGCUGCGCUUGCUCCUUACUCGGCUGAGGGGCAACAUCCUCGCCCGUCUGGCGCCUGGCUCGGCGAGUGAGCGGGUCAAGGCGGCCAACACGGCGGGCGAGAGGCUCGCGAGUCUGGGACUGAGUGAGUUUGUCGACCGCGUGCGUGGGGUGAGCAUGCUUCUCGAGAGGAUCGGGGCAGUAGACCGUGGUGCCCAUGGGGCGUGGUGGGAUGCCAUUGCCACCAAGGUAGAGCAGGAGGAUACGAAUUAA